CUAGUGGCUCGACGGGAAAUAUUGAAAGCGCUAGAGCGGCCAAAUUUUAGUGGGAGUAAGGAGAAGCAGUCUAUAAAACUUAGGAACCUUAUUACCGGCACUAAGCUUACCUACCUAUCUCGUAAUACGGUGUCUCUCUUUCGAGAUCUUUCGGAUACCGACGAAACUAGGGUGAAAUUUAUGCUCUGCCCCCCCUCCCUCCGAUUUAUCCAAAGAGGAAAUAUAGGAGAUCCGACCCUUUAUACAGAAGCUACUACGAAACGAAAUCCUUUUUGA